ACUGCGUUCGGCCUCGAUGAGACCAUCGCCUGCUGUUCCAUGCGCUUUGGAUUUAUACGCGAUUCGGAGGGUCGAGCUGAUUGUCAUUUCACUGCCACCGAAAACGAGGUGUAAUCGUGCACGGGACCGCACCGAAACGGAAACCAGGAAUCCAGAGACAGUUUUGUGUAUCGUUUGUGCUUAACCUACCAACCCCCAAAACAGAGCCGGCGAAAAGAACGUAGUGCGUGUGUGUGUGCUCGAACACUUUGUAAUAGAUUGUAGGUAAAGUGAAGUGUGCCUUGGUGUGUCGCUAGGAAACAAACCCGCCUCUCACCCAUGGCAACAACCAAAGUGUCCGAUCAGCGGAAGCUGAUGGAUAUUUUGCUGGAAACGGAGCGCGUUGCCGACCGGAUUCUGGCCUACAAGCAAGAGCUGGUGGAGCUGGACAAACGGCGCCAGGACACGCGCGAGGCCCUUCGUUUGAUCGAGAAACACAUACCCGGCUCGCAGAAGCGGGUCUGGAUAACGAUCGGCUCGAUGCUGAUGAAGCAAAACCGCGAGACGGCGAUAGAGCUGUUGCGCAAGGACCAGCAAACGACCGAGGCGGAAAUCGAUCGGAUACGGCAGGAACAGAAGCUGCUGGUUGCUAAGCAGCGCGAUCUCGAGCACGAUCAGCCUUUGCGAGGGUUUCAUUUGAAACCAUUGAGCAAUGCGGAAAUUGCCGGCUUACGGUCGAAUAUGCCAGGGUUUUAAUGGGUGGUUAAUGGGAACAGGGAGCAAUUGGAUUAGAUUUUAAGGUGUGUUAGGAGAGCACUAGGAAGGAUCUCAAUCGCGCAUAUAUCGUUUUGUGAAAUAAACGUACCAUUCUUCAUAACAA